GAUGGAUGAUCUUUUUGAUGUAUUUUUGAAUUCAGUUUACUAAUAUUUUGUUGAUUAUUUUUGCAUCUGUGUUCAUCAGGGAUAUUGGUCUGUAGUUUUCCUUUCUUGUGGUUUCUUUUUUGGGUUUUGGUUAUUAGAGUGAUGCUGGCCUUACAGAAUAAGUUUGGAAGUAUUUUAUUCUGCUUUUUGGAAUACUUCAAGAAGAAUGUGUAUUAGCUCCUCUUAAAUGUUUGAUAAAAUUCAGCCAUAAAGCCCUCUGGGAUAAUAAUGGUUUUGUUCUCAGGUGGUUUUUUUUUUUUUUUUUUUAUCUUUUAUUAAGGUAUUAUUGAUAUACACUCUUAUGAAGUUUUCAGAUGAAAAAACAAUGUCAUUACUACAUUUACUAAUAUUAUCAAGUCCCCACCCAUACCCCAAUGCAGCCACUGUCCGUCAGUGUAGUAAGAUGCCAAAGAUUCACUGUUUGCCUCCUCUGUGCUACACAUGCCACACCAUGUGUACUAAACAUUAUACCCCUCAAUCCACUUCUCCCUCCCUCUCUACCCACCCUCCCACACCCUUCCCCUUUGGUAACCAUUAGUCCCUUCUUGGAGUUUGUGAGUCUGCUGCUAUUUUCUUCCUUUGUUGUUUUACUCGGCAAACGAGGGAAAUCAUUUGGCACUUAUUUUUCUCCGCCUGGCUUAUUUCACUGAGCAUAAUGUCCUCCAGCUCCAUCCAUAUUGUUGGAAAUGGUAGGAUUUGUUUCUUUCUUAUAGCUGAAUAGUAUUCCAUUGUGUAUAUGUAACACCUCUUCUUUAUUCAUUCAUCUACUGAUGGACACUUAGGUUGCUUCCAUAUCUUGGCUAUUGUAAAUAGUGCUGCGAUAAACAAAGGGGUGCAUAUGUCUUUUUGAAUCUGCAAAGUUGUAUUUUUGGGUAAAUUCCAAGGAGUGAGAUUCCCAGGUCAAAUGGUAUUUCUAUUUUUAGUUUUUUGAGGAACCUCUAUACUGCUUUCCACAAUGCUUGCACUAGCUUACAUCCCCACCAGCAGUGUGGGAGGGUUCCCCUUUCUCCGCAUCUUCACCAGCGUUUGUUAUUCUUAGUCUUUUCGUAGCUGGCCAUCGUUACAGGUGUGAGGUGAUAUCUCAUUGUGGUUUUAAUUUGCAUUUCCCUGAUGAUUAGUGAUGUGGAGCAUCUUUUCAUGUGCCUGUUGGCCAUCUGAAUUUCUUCUUUAAGACAGUUUCUGGGUUCCAGUCCAACUCCUACCAACCCAGGCAAGUUAUUUAACAAUUCUGAGCUUGUUUCUUCACCUAAAAAAAGGGGGACUCCGCCUCAGUUGAAGUGCUGAGAGGAUUACACAAGGUAACGGGUAUGCACACUCUGCACAGGGCCAGGCACGAACCCAAGUGUUCUGGCUCUUAGCCCAGCCAGUGUUCUUUCCGCAGCAGUGCUGCCACGUGUUUCCUAAUUUCUAGUGCAUUGAGCUUUUCCUUCUUUUCCUUGCCUCCCUCCAGGAAAGCUCCCUGGAGGUCUGUCCCUUCCGCAAUCCCCUCUCCACCCGAGGCUCAGUCGGCCUGCCUCCCUCCUCCCUCCUGGCAGGUAGCGGCUCAGUUGGCUGAUCCCUGUGCACUGCCAGUUUGGCCUCUCCUUCGAGUCUCUGUGCCUGACAGUGAACACUCUGGACCACUUCCUUUUAACCACGCCUGUGGCUGCAGACUGCUUCCAGCUGCUUGGGGUCAUGUUCUUGCUCAUCGCUUGCAAACAGGUACCUCCACGCAAGGUUGUGGCAGGCGGUCGGGCAGCCCAUCUCCUCGCCACUCUCUUUCCGCCUGGCUCUCCAGUGCACACUUUAAUGUUAUUGUAGUCUGCGAGGGAAAAAAAUACUCAGAAUUUCUUAAACCCUCUUUUAGAGGGGCAGUGAUUAGAGAAACUAUGCUAGAAGUACACUCCCAGGUGAUUAAAAUGGAAGUAAUGGAGAGAAGAAGCCCCAGCUGUCUCUCUGGAAGGAAGGGAUGCGGGGAGAAGAGUCCUGGUUUUUCUACCGGGUUUGAGACUUUGGUGGACCUUGGGCCCUGGAUGCAGUGUGGCUGGAGAUGGGGGCCACUGUGUUACAGGUGGAGGUGCACCCGCCACGCGUGAAGCAGAUGCUGGCUCUGUGCUGCAGCGCCUUCUCUUGGCAGCAACUCUGUAACCUUGAGUAUAUCAUGCUACACAAACUGCACUUCAGCCUGGGCGUGCCAACCAUCAGCUUCCUGGAGCAUUUCAUGCACAAGUGCGUGGAUGUUGGACAGGCAGAAGUCUCCAAAACCCUGGAGGUGCAAGCCCUGGCACGUGGGGUGGUGGAGCUAAGCCUGGCAGACUAUGCCUUCACCAACUACACUCCCUCCCUCCUGACCAUCUGUUGCCUGGCGCUAGCUGACCAUAAGCUGCAGCUUCUGUGCCUGGUGGACUUGCACCUGGGCGGGCACCCGGAGGCAGCACUGCAGGACUGCCUGGGCAAGCUGCAGCUGCUGGUGGCCAUAAAUGGAACCUUGUUGACUCAGAUGCUGCCGUUCCAUAUCUCCAAGAAGUGCGGCCUGUUCCUGAGCUCAGAAUAAAGUAGAACCUUUGUUUCCCUUUAUCACCUGACCGGCCUGGCCUCUGGACCUUUCCCAUUGCUUUGAAAGAGUGGGUUUCAGAGAUCCCACUUAGUCAACAGAUCAUCCUGCCCGUUGUAAAUAGUGUACACAGUAGAGUCUAGUCAUUUGUUUAUUUUGCUCAGAGUGUACAACAGAGCCGAAUCUUUCCCCAAUAAACUGUCCUGGCUUGUUUGAAUGCUACUAUUGCCAGCUUUAUCCUCUGGGGGAGGGGGUGAGAUGAAAGCAGCUCUGAGUAAAGAUGAUUGAUUGGUCAGUAACAAUUGAAGGGGUUUUCCCUCCAUCUAGGUCCACUCUAUACUUGGCAUUUCUGGAAAAAAAAAAUCCUCUGCCCAUUUUUUAAUCGGGUUAUUUGCUUUUUGGGUGUUGAGGCAUAUAAGGUCUUCAUAUAUUUUGGAUGUUAACCCCUUGUCGGAUAUGUCAUUUACAAAUAUAUUCCCCAUACUGUAGGAUACCUUUUUGUUCUGUUCAUGGUGUCCUGUGCCACAUAGAAACUUUUUAGUUUGAUGUAGUCUGAUGUGUUCAUUUUUGCUUUUGUUUCCCUUGCCUGUGGAGAUGUGUUCAUGAAGAAGUUGCUCAUGUUUAUGUCCAAUAGAUUUUUGCCUAUGUUUUUUUCUAAGAUUUUUAUGGUUUCAUGACUUACAUUCAGAUCUUUGAUCCAUUUCGAGUUUACUUUUGUGUAUGGGGUUAAACAAUAAUCCAAUUUCAUUCUCUUGAAUGUAGCUGUCCAGUUUUGCCAACACCAGUUGUUGAAGAGGCUGUCAUUUCCCCAUUGUAUGUCCAUGGCUCCUUUAUUGUAUAUUAAUUGACCAUGUAUGGUUGGGUUUAUAUCAGGACUCUCUAGUCUCAUCUGUUGGUUCAUGGGUCUUGUGCCAGUACCAAAUUGUCUUGAUUACUGUCUUCAAGCUUACUUCAAGUAGAGCUUGAAGUCAGGGAGUGUAAUUCCCCUGCUUUAUUCUUCCUUCUCAGGAUUGCUUUGGCUAUUCGGGGUCUUCUGUGGUUCCAUAUGAAUUUUAGAAUGAUUUACUCUAGUUCAUUGAAGAAUGCUGUUGGUAUUUUGAUAGGAAUUGCAAUGAAUCUAUAGAUUCCUUUAGGCAGGAUGGCCAUUUUGAAAAUAUUAAUUCUUCCCAUGGGCAUGGGACAUGUUUCCAUUUAUUGGUAUCUUUAAUUUCUGUUUUGAGUGUCUUGUAGUUUUCGGGGUAUAGGUCUUUCAUUUCCUUGGUUAGGUUUAUUCCUAGGUAUUUUUUUUUUUUUCGAUGCAACCGUGAAUGGAAUUGUUUUCUUGAUUUCCCUUUCUGCUAGUUCAUUGUUAGUAUAUAAGAUUGCCACAGAUUUCUACAUAUUAAUUUUGUAUCCUGAAUCGUUGCUGAAUUCAGAUAUUAGAUCUAGUAGUUUUGGAGUGGAUUCUUAGGGGUUUUUAUGUACAAUAUCAUGUCAUCUGCAAACAAUAACAGUUUAACUUGUUCCUUGCAAACUGGAUGCCUUUCAUUUCUUUGUGUUGUCUGAUUACGGUGGUGAGGACCUCCAGUACUAUGUUGAAUAGAAGUGGGGAGAGUGGGCAUCCUUGUCUUGUU